CGCGCACGAUUUCUCGAGCCAAGCGGCCUUUGGCGCGAGACGGCGUAGUUGUGCCGAGACGGUGCCACCGAGCACCAGCCCCUUCUUUCCUCUCGGGCGGCGGUCCGCAUACCACCGCCACCCUUCAUGACAAGCCGGAAUCCAGCAUAGGCUCUCUGCCCGUCGCAGGUCUUCGUGAGCAUGAGCAGAUCUUUCUUGCACCUGUCAGCGAUGACUUACCCUUAUGUCUGCAGUACCUGUGCGUCAACUCGCAGCGGCUCGCGUACUGGCGUCACUGGUCCCUCGACGGGGGCUUGCCGUGGGGGAAGAGGCCAAGCCGGCACCAUGGACACGUCCGGGACGCCUGUUUCCGGCGUCAGCGACGGUCUCACCGUCGACUGGGAGGGUGCCGGCAACGCCGCGCACCCAUCCAAUCUCGCUUCGGGCAUCUACUACCGCCCUAUUUUGCAGCCUUGUGUCCCAUAUGAGGACUGCCCGCCCACCGACGAACGAACGAAGUCACAACCUGGUAGAGCCGAAGGGAAAAAGGGAGGUGACUACUCAUGGCGCACCAGCCAUGUUCGGGCGAGUCGAGGAGGUAGAGUACGGUGGAGGACGAGGCGGGAGAGCCCAGGCCGAGACCGGAGGCCGAGCCCGUCUUCGCUCAGGAGAGGGUUGAGGCGAUAGCCUGCCCUCUAACCUGCGCGAAAAGGACCCGGCUCCCCAGCCGUCCUGAAGGCUCAGCAAACCCAAACCGCCGCCUUGCGAAGAAGCUCCGGAGUGAAUGUCGUGUCG